CCGGGAACUUUAGAACUAACCAGUGUGGAGACUGGUAAGGAGGGCAGCGGUGGAAAGUGGAAAGAUGACAGCUGUCAGUGGGGACAAAAACACUUCGAAAUUCUGAAGAGAGGACUAAUGUAGGACCAUUAAACUCCCGAGGGUGGAGGAUAACAUCUUUGCUGUGUCGCAGGUUAUUUUUAGACGUCGAGAAGGUUUUUACAAUUCAAGCCAUAUAGUCUUGCGCGUCUCCGGAGGAGCUGCUACACUUGGUGGGACAACAUGGGGACACAAGGCACUGGUAGGAAGCGUGCCCCGCUAAAAGAUCGCUUCUCUGCAGAGGAUGAAGCCUUGAGCAGUAUUGCACGAGAGGCGGAGGCCAGGCUUGCAGCAAAGAGAGCAGCACGGGCGGAGGCCAGGGAUAUUCGGAUGAGGGAACUUGAGCGUCAGCAGAAAGAGCUUUCUUACCGCUCAUCUAGCAGCAGUAGCAGCAGAAAAUGGGGUCAGAUCCACCAGUGGAUGGCUGACUCAGAAAAAGCUAGAGCCACUAGUAGUAGUAGAUCAAGCAGCCGUCAUCGGGGCCUGGAUAAUGAUGUCAUGUCUGUCCGCAGCUACAGAGUGCGUACUUUACUAACGCUUAAAAAUCAACACUUGCCAAAAACAGUAUUGCUAGGAAAUGGUUUGUUAAAUAUUUUUUGUUCAUGCUCAUUGUGGAUGUAUGACAAUGUUUAUGUACUACGUUUGAAGUCAACCGCAUCAGACAUCCGUGACUUGAGCUCUAGCAAGAGUCGAUCCAGUUCUCGUAGGAAAGACAUCUUGUCUGAUGGUGUGACAAAUAGCUCCACUCUCAAGAGUUCGCGGUCCACUAGUUCUGUAUACAAUGAUCUACAUGGCCAUAAAAGGUCUUCAUCUAGCUCCUCCAAGAGAGAUCUGCUGACGGGACUGUACCACGAUCAAAGGAAAUACACCAGCCUAUCGAAGACCAAACUUGAACCUCCUUCUACCAUAUCCUCCUAUCAGCCACGACGGGCCACCCCCUCCUCUUCCUCUUCCACCAUUGGCACAGGGCUGGCACGUAGCUAUAGCAUGGCCUCUAUUUAUGACGACCCCGUUCUUUACGGCUCAAGUCUGGGUUCAAGAGCACCCUCUGAAUAUAGCUGGUACUCCUCUGGAGCCAGUUCCACUCGCAGCAGCCCUGUGAAUUCCUCGGAUGAUGACACCACGAGCAGCGUGUCUCAAGAACUCUUCAAGAGAGGCCGCAGGGACAGCGCGUCGUCUGACUUCUCUGACAUGAGUGAGUCUGCAGCUGAUUAUUUCAGCCGCUCCAACAGAAGGGGCAGUAUUGUGUCUGAUCUGGAUGAUUUGAGCAUUCCAGAUCUGGAUGCUCUGGACGAAAAAUGUGACAAACAGUAUUCAGAUUACAGCAGGCCAUCUUCCCGCUGCGCCACCCCGGGCCUCUCAGCAGCAACUUUAGCCUCGCUGGGUGGAACCUCAUCGCGACGAGGCAGUGCAGACGCCGGCAACGUCUAUGACCCAGACACUAGUCUGAGCGAACUAAGGGAUAUCUAUGAACUAAAGGACCAGAUUCAGGAUGUAGAAGGGCGAUACAUGCAAGGGCUUAAAGAGCUGAAGGAAUCCCUUACCGAGGUGGAGGAGAAGUAUAAGAAAGCAAUGGUAUCGAAUGCGCAGCUGGACAAUGACAAAGGCAACCUCAUCUACCAAGUGGACACAUUAAAAGACGUCAUAGAAGAGAUGGAGGAGCAAAUGUCAGAGAUGAAACGAGAGCUAGAAGAAAAAUCAAAGGAACUAGAAAGGCAAAAGCACACAUGUACUGUCCUGCAGCAUAAACAGGAAGAGUUGAAAGAGGGAAUCCGCCAGAGAGAUGAACUUAUUGAGGAGAACCAGCAGUUGCAGGCUAAGUUAGAUGCUUUCACCAGAGAGAUGUUUGACCUGCAGGAAACAAUAAACUGGAAGGACAAAAAGAUUGGGGCCCUAGAGAGGCAGAAAGAGUACUUUGAUUGCAUUAGGAAUGAGAGAGAUGAGCUCAGACAUGAGCUUGCUGACCUCAAGGGGAAGGCCAAAUCAGGAGAGACACACGGGCUAGUCAUCAUCCCAGACGGCACACCAAACGGAGACAUCGACCACGAGCCCGCGUCCUCGGGAAUCACCGUGGUCUCGCAAGAAGCCGCACAGGUACUGGAAUCUGCAGGAGAGGGUCCGCUUGAUGUCAGGCUACGGAAGUUAGCUGAGGAAAAGGAUGAGCUGUUGACUCAGAUCAGAAAGUUGAAGAAUCAAUUGGAGGAAGAGCGACAGAAACACUCAAAGGUGGACAGUGUGUACACCGACGGCGAGAAGAUGGAGAACGGCACCGACCUUCACUUCAUUGAAAUGCAGAGAGAUGCCAACAGACAGAUCAGUGAAUACAAAUUCAAACUUUCAAAAGCAGAACAGGAAAUGGGUACAAUGGAACAAAAUAUAAACAGGCUGGAAGGGCAAGUGUCCAGGUACAAGAUGUCCGCAGAUAACUCUGAGAAAGUAGAAGAUGAACUGAAAGCGGAGAAGCGCAAACUUCAGAGAGAGCUGCGCACAUCUUUGGACAAGAUCGAAGAGAUGGAGAUGACCAACAACCACCUCGUAAAGCGGCUGGAAAAGAUGAAGGCCAAUAGGAAUGCUCUCCUCUCCCAGCAGUGAGCCAAAAGCGGCUAUGGCAUCACCACAGAAGCCCUUAAAAUCGCACCGCCAACUGCCAUGUAGCGCCUGGAGCUGCUCGUGCUCUCCAAGCUCUAACACUUCAACAUGUGUAGCUCACCCCCAAAAAAACACUCAAUUCUACAAAUGGACAAAAUAAUGAGGAGCGUUGCAUUUCUUUGCAAACCAAACGUUUUGGUUGUUGCCAAGCCUCAAAUGUAACAAAAUAUAACAUCAAUGGGAGAUACAUGUGAGGAAAUUUCUAGUUUUGUUUUUGUUCUGCAACAUUUUAUUCACAUUUCUUGCUGGGUGCUUGGCUGUUUUUUUUUUUCUUUUCUUUCUUUGUUUUGCCUAAAUUGCAUGAAUGAUUAUCAGGAUGCUUUUAAAAGACUGUCACAGCUGCUCUGGCCCUGCACCUUCCAGCUUCCCUCACACAAGUCAAGUAAGUGCCUUCUCCAUCAAACAAUAAUGAUUUUAACUGGUGGUACAAUAUGUAUUUAAAAAGGUGCAGAUGGAAAAUAUAGCCAGCCAACUGCUGCAGUUUCCUUCACUUUUUUGUCAAAUAUUUAAAAGAUUUUGUGUGAAUAAAUGUGUAAUUUACAGA